GAGAAGAUGGUUCGAGUUGAACGGUUAGCUCAUUUUCGGAAGGAUCUAGGAAUCGAAGUGAAUAUCCGUGAGUUGCUUUUGAACCAUCCGGGGAUUUUUUACAUAUCUACAAAGGGGGAUUCUCAAAUGGUUUAUCUGAGAGAAGCGUAUGACAGUCAAGGUUGUUUGAUUGAGCCAAACAAAAUUAACAAUGUUAGAAGAAAGUUGUUGGAGGUAAUCUUAAUGGAAAGCCGAAAUACUAGAGGAUUGAACUUGGAAAGGGAAGUACAGGAGAAAGAAACAAGGAUUGUCAAAGGGAAUGAAAACAAAAGUAGCAAGGUAGAUGGUGACUUUGUCAUUCCAAUUCUAGAGAAGUGUUGAUUAUAAAUUGAUCAAUUGAUAAAUUAGUAAUCUAAAGAGGUAUUGAUGUAUUUAGUUAUUCUAC